UCCACCCCAGACUUCAUCUAUCCUGCCCUGCAGCACAACCAAGCAACCAAGCAACCCACCCUUCAGUCUGCCCAAACUCUCCGCCACUUAAAACCAUGCUUCCUGGACAGAAGAAACCCGGUCAUGAAGGGGAGAAGCAAAAACAAUUCGACCGUGAAAUCAGAGACAUGAUCUCUGCAUUAACUAAUCGCCUUUCUGAUCUUCAACAAGUUCAAAAGCAAGGCUCGAGCCAGCAGGAUGAUGAGGAUGAUCGCGGCGUGAGAAUCAUCACGCUCGCUGGAAGCAACACCGGAGCCACCAUGCGAGGUGAAUUGGAUGAGAAGCCCGGCCAUCCCGGUCUUUCAGUCGGCGAGAAUGAAGCGCUGAAUACCUAUGUGAACAGCAAUUUCCAAUCUGUCAACAACUCGAUCAUGAUGGGUGGCAGCUACAGCACCAAUGACCCAGGUGUUCAUAUGGACAUCUCCGACCUUGUUGAGCACCAUGGCCAUAAACCAGUGAAGCAUGGCAAGAAGGGGAAGAAGAAAGACUCGGUGACCCCCCAAGAUGACUAUCAUUCUGAACAUUCUGAUUAGGCUCAUAACAAGGGCCUAAUCAGAAUCAUGCAGAGGUUGAAUAAACUGCGAGCUUAACUAGUCAUAAAUCUACUAUUAACUUGCUAUAAAUAAGUUUUUUUCUCAUUCUGCUUGUUAUUCAAGGCUAAGAGUGAAGUACCCGGAUAGAGGUUAAAACUGGUAUCCCAGUAUUGCCCUAUCAGAAUAAAGUUCUCGUCCAAGAUAUGUAUGUGACAGUCCUUCAUUGGUUGAUUUCCUGCAUACCUGUCUGCAGUGCUGUUUGGUGUGUGUUAAGCAUAUGAAAGAUUAAUAAUAAGAAUGCCUUUACAGUUCCAUUUUGA